UAUGUGGCCGUGCAGGCAGCAUUUUGCACGGGCACGAGAGCCCAUUCAUUUGAAUGGACUCCCGUGCCUGUGACACGCAAGGAAGAAGUCCCUGCACUUCUUUGGAAAAUGCAGCCCGCACGGGAACUUCGGUUCCCAGUACAGUUGUGUUUUCCAGUGCGGGCAGCGUGCCAUUAGAACUAAUGCCAUCCGCCCGAGGGUCCGCAUUUCUCUGUGCGGGUGGUGCGGCUGCACGCAUUUUCGUGCGGAUCCCCCAGCACAGAUGUGAACCUAGGGUCAAAGAAAAACUGGAGAGUGCAAAAUCUGGUUCAGCUAUGCAUGGU